AAGUAGGGUUCACCUCGAGUACCACGAUCUUUCCUGAGUCGGAGCCUACCACGAGGUAGUCUCGGUCUCCUCCUGUGAGCCGGAAGGGCUGGAGAGCGCGCACAACCCCGAAGACUUGCGUCGAAAUGAUGACCUCCAGUCGCCCCGCCUCAUCCGGACGCAGCAGCUGCAGCACGUCACCGCGAGCCACAACGAACUCCUGUGCCUGCGGGGCCGAGAAGUUGCCAUACACGGCCAAGUGCACGCCCGUGGGUGGCUGCAGCGUCAGGUUCAGGAGGUGCAUCGCUGCGCUUGAUUGGAGCCAAAAUGCGGAUUGGGGAAGGUUGGUGUUUCGAACGUAAAAUUAAGUGUUACACGUGUUAUUGUGUUCAACACGUUUUCACUUCAAAUUGAAGUGGUUGAGUUACAGCACGAUCGUUGGGACGAGUCUACCUCGUCCCGCUCGGAUGAAGAAUGUCUCCUCGCUGAAGGUCACAACAGUUUGUGUCAUGAGCAGUGGAAAUCGCAAGCGGAAAGCGGACGGCGCGAUGAGCACAGUAGCCACCUGCCGGCAACUUCUGGAGCAAGAGUCUUCCCGAGACACUGAAAUACAAGAUUUAAAAGCGGAAGUGCAGAGACUGACAACUACAAACGAUCGUCUACGGCAGCGCGAGCAGGGGUUUGACGCAGAUGAAGCCCUCGCCCGACUAUCGACGUUAUGGGUUACCGGUGACGACGGCCUUCUGCGGAGCACAUUAGCUGGGCGUGGCAGAUCGCGUACAAUGAAGUUGCGAACGGUGACACUGUCGAAUCAACCAUCGAAGGGACCUGCUGGCGAAGAAGCUAAGCAGGGUGUGCAAGCAGCUCGGACGCCAAGGAAGAGAGGAGGGAGUGGCUACUCAAGCGCUGUCUCCGAUGCUGGCACUGAUGACACUGACGAGGACAAGACACAGGCUAUAACUCGACGUCGAAAGCAUAGAGCGAGCUUAGCCUAGUGUACUUUAUGCUAUGUGCUUGCUAUCCUAUCUGUUUUUAAGUAAUGUAUUAACUGUCAUUUCUUAAAGCUUGCAUGACUGAGAAC